CCGUACACCAGUGACAACCGCGACUCCAGGGGCCAUGGACCGGUUCCCGCUGGCCCUGGUCUUCCUGACGGCGACAGUGGCGGUAGCGGGUGUGGGAGCAAAGUUCUUACGUGGAGAACUACGCACCACUCAGGAAUGGGCGUUUUUGGCUAGAUUUUGCUUCUUGUCCCACUACGGACGAUUUGAGUACAACAUCGAGUACAGCAAGGAGUUUGCCUACCAGAAUCUUCUGCUCUAUUAUGACUCUGACACUCAGUGGCCUUCUGUCUAUAAAUCAAAUAAGACAUGCGAGGAGAAACAGUCGAUCUUGAAGCGAGAGUUGCUGCAGAUCGUCCCUCUGGUGCCUGAGGAACUGGACUCUGGCUGUGUGGAGAUUUCAAGGCCUAAGAAAAAGGGGCCGUCAUCCAUAUUCUGCAACAGUUCCAAGAGCUUCAGGAGCGCCCGGGAGCGCUGGUGGUUUUUAGCUGUCAGUCACUGUAACUUUUCCAAGGGGCUGAGCAUCAAGUACAGCUUUCUCAUGACGAACGGCGCGCCCGGAGACUACUGGCACGAGCAUUUCUCUGCUGAUGAAUUCUAUAUAAUGCCUCUGCUGAUGGGGUUCUCGAUGCUGUACAUCCUGGUGAUCCUGGCCGCUGUUGUCUGCUGCAAGGAGCUGAAAACUCGUCAGUUAUUGCACUCCACCUACAAGCUGUUCUUCUGCUCGGUGGUGCUGCAGGAAGUGGGCAUUUUCGUACAGAGUAUCGCUUACAUCCAGUUCGCGGUAUCAGGAUUGGAUUCUGUUACCAUCAGAGACAUUGGACGGCUUUGCGAGUCGGCCAGUGAGAUAGUGUUCCUGCUGGUACUGCUGCUACUUGCCAAAGGGUACACCGUCACCAGGGGCAGACUCCGCCUGGCCUCCAGCGUCAAGCUCACCAUCUUCAUGUAUAUGUACACUGCCUGCUAUUGCUUCCUCUUCCUGUUCGAAAAACAGUAUUUCGACCCUGGCGAAGUGCUUUAUAUUUACGAGAGUCCGGCAGGCUAUGGUUUGAUCGGGCUGCGCAUAGUGGCUUGGUGGAUGUUCAUCUACUCCACCAUAUUCACGCUCAAACACUAUCCAGAGAAAGCCACCUUCUACUACCCCUUCAAUCUCAUCGGGACAUUGUGGUUUGUUGCAGGCCCUGCGUUCAUCCUGUGCGCCAACACUUUCAUUGACAAGUGGGUACGGGAGAGUGUUGUAUGUUUCGUUCAACACAUGAUAGCUGCCAGCGGUCACAUUCUGUUUCUGAUGCUGACAGUUCCGAGCAAGGCCAACAAGAACUUCCCGUACCACGUGCGGACCACGCAGAUCGGUGUCAUGGUCACUGACGGCACUCUGGGAAACAACAGCCUGGAUCACUUCGGCCAUCAUCCGUAUGCGCCUGGGGGUGCGCCUCUGGGUAGACCCACCAGCCGCCCCAACUGUUACUGGGACCAAACUAUAGCAGAGGGCGAAGUUCACGCGACGUUUAAGUUGACCAGGCCGGCCAGUAACGGCACUAAUGACUGCCUCAUCGUCCGCCCCGAGGAGGUCCUGCCCGUACCCGACUUCACAGCACCUAGCCACAGAAACAAUAUUUAUCUUCCUAGUUAGUUCCUAAAGUUAUAUUAGAAAGAAAAGUGUAUCAUAUUUUUGUAUUCCUUAUCCUAUAAUAAAACUACAGUUUUCAGACUUCA